CAGGUGCCCGCCGACAUUCUCCACAACGCGGCGCUGAACGCGGCCAUCGCGCUGCUGCCCGCCAACUACAGCUUCGAGGUGCACAAGACGCUGUGGCGCAUCCGCCAGGCGGGCGCGCGCCGCGUGGCGCUGCAGUUCCCGGAGGGACUCCUGCUCUACGCCUGCGUCAUCGCCGACAUCCUCGAGGGGUUUGGCGGGGUGGACCAGACGUUCAUCCUGGGCGACGUCACCUUUGGCGCCUGCUGCGUGGAUGACUACUCUGCCGCCGCCUUGGGCGCCGACUUCCUGGUGCACUACGGCCACUCCUGCCUGGUGCCUGUGGACGUCACCAGCCUGCCCUGCAUGUACGUGUUUGUCGACAUAAAGAUGGACACCCAGCACCUCGUGGACAGCGUGCGGCACAACUUUGCGGCGGGCACCAAGCUGGUGCUGGCCGGCACCAUCCAGUUUGCCUCGUGCAUCCAGGCAGCCAGGCAGCAGCUGGCGGGCGACUACCCACACAUCAUGGUACCGCAGGCUCGGCCGCUGUCGCCGGGCGAGGUGCUGGGCUGCACGGCGCCCAAGAUCGCGGGGCAGUGCGAUGCGAUCGUGUUUGUGGCGGAUGGGCGGUUCCACCUAGAGGCCCUGAUGAUCGCCAACCCCACGGUGCCGGCAUACAGGUACGAUCCGUACCCCCGCCAGCUCACCCGGGAGCGGUACGACCAUGCCGGCAUGCAGGCGGCGCGGCAGGCGGCCAUCCAGGCGGCGGCGGGGGCAGCCAGCUGGGGCCUCGUGCUGGGCACGCUGGGGCGCCAGGGCAACCCGCGCAUCCUGGCGCAGCUGCAGGAGCUGCUGCGGCGGCAGGGGCGGCAGUUCGUUACUGUGCUGCUCUCGGAGGUGUCCCCGCCCAAGCUGGCUGCGUUGUCAGAGGGCAUCGACGCCUGGGUGCAGAUCGCCUGCCCGCGGCUCAGCAUCGACUGGGGCGAGGGCUUCACACAGCCCACACUGAACCCUUAUGAGGCGCGUGUGCGACUGUUGGGUGUGCUGGGGCGUGUGGCCAGGGCACGGCCUCAAGGGCUGCCACCCGGCUGCCGCGUGCACGUGCGUGCCUGGUGCGCAGCAACAGCGGGAUUCCCGGCAUGUGGGUUGUCAGGGAGGAUGGGCUUGGAGUACCCAAUGGACUAUUAUGCGGCGGAUGGAGGCGCCUGGAACAGCACCUAUCACCGGCGCAAGCCGCGGGCGCCUGGGGGGCCCUUGGCGACGGCCCGCGCGGCGGUCGCAGCAGCGUGGUCAGCGCCGGGCACGGCGGGUGGGGGCCUGGCGCCGGCUGCCGCACCUUGA